AAUCAAUAAAUCAAAAUCCCCAUCUGCUGAAAAUUACACAAACACCAAAACGACCUGAAAUUCACCCACGGAGAGAAAAGACACGUGUUGAGAUUCGCCAUCAUCCUCAUCAACCUCGUGUUCCCUCCUGCUACUUCCUGUUCUGCUGUGAACCUUUUGUGGAUCAAAGUGCUGUGCCUUGGGACUGAUCGAUCAAAUUACUGACGCUGUCUUUUACACAGAUAAAAGCCAUGAACCAAGAGAAACUAGCCAAACUUCAGGCCCAGGUCCGGAUAGGUGGAAAGGGAACAGCUCGUAGGAAGAAGAAGGUGGUUCACAGAACGGCAACAGCUGACGACAAAAAACUCCAGAGUUCUUUGAAGAAACUGGCAGUGAACAACAUCGCUGGUAUCGAGGAGGUGAACAUGAUUAAGGACGAUGGCACGGUGAUCCACUUCAACAACCCCAAGGUGCAGGCCUCUCUGUCUGCCAACACGUUUGCCAUCACAGGCCAUGCAGAGAACAAACAGCUGACAGAGAUGCUCCCAAGCAUCCUCAGCCAGCUGGGGGCAGACAGCUUCACCAGCCUCCGCAAACUGGCAGAGCGGUUCCCACGCCAAGUACUUGACAACAAAACGAUGUCAAUCAGCAAACCAGAAGAUAUUGAAGAGGAGGACGAUGUUCCAGAUCUCGUAGAAAACUUUGAUGAAGCGUCAAAGAAUGAAGCCAACUAAUGAAUCCAACUUCAGGCCCAUUCUACCCUUUUAACCCUCUACCCUUCCUCAGUACCCUCUAUUCAGAACACACUGGGUACCCCCCCCCCCC